AUGAGCAAAAUACCAAUACCACCCUGGGCCCUUGCUGCCAUCAUCAUCGUAGCCUGCCUGCUCCUCCUAUGCUGCUGCUUCUGCAUCUGCAAGAAAUGCUGCUCCAAGAAGAAGAAGCAGAAGAAAGGAAAGGACAAGGGCAAAGCUCAAAUCAACAUGAAGGAGGUGAAGGACCUGGGGAAGAGCUACAUCGACAAGGUGCAGCCAGAUGUGGAAGAUCUGGAUCCAAGUUUACUUGGAGAUGAAAAGAAGGAGGAAGAGAAGCUCGGGAAGCUGCAGUAUUCCCUGGAUUACGACUUUCAGAGCGGGCAGCUAAUUGUCGGGAUCAUCCAGGCAGCUGAGUUGGCUGCUUUGGACAUCGGUGGGACAUCGGAUCCCUAUGUGAAAGUCUUCCUCUUGCCAGAUAAGAAGAAAAAGUUUGAGACCAAAGUUCAUCGCAAGACUCUCAACCCCACUUUUAACGAAUCGUUUACCUUUAAGAUUCCUUACUCGGAGCUUGGAGGUAAAGUCCUUGUCAUGGCCGUGUACGACUUUGACCGGUUUUCAAAGCACGAUGCCAUCGGUGAAAUUCGGAUUCCAAUGAGCAGUAUUGACCUAGCUCACGUGAUCGAGGAGUGGAGAGACCUUGAGUCAGCUGAGAAGGAGGAGCAAGAGAAACUGGGCGACAUCUGCUUCUCCCUUCGCUACGUUCCAACUGCGGGCAAGCUUACCGUCAUUGUGCUGGAGGCCAAAAACCUGAAGAAAAUGGAUGUUGGUGGACUGUCAGAUCCGUAUGUGAAGAUCCAUCUCAUGCAGAAUGCCAAGAGGCUGAAGAAAAAGAAGACUACCAUCAAAAAGAACACGUUGAAUCCAUACUACAACGAGUCCUUCAGCUUUGAAGUACCCUUUGAGCAGAUUCAGAAAGUCCAAGUGGUCAUCACCGUUCUGGAUUACGACAAACUGGGAAAGAACGAAGCGAUUGGCAAGUGUUUUGUGGGCUGCAAUGCCACGGGCGCCGAGCUUCGACAUUGGUCGGACAUGCUGGCCAACCCCAGGCGACCCAUCGCACAGUGGCAUACUCUUCAGCCCGAGGAAGAGGUGGAUAUCGCCCUGGGAAUCAAGACGUCAUGAUACCACACUCGGGCCAUUAGGUUUUGCAGUAGUUGAAUAAGCUUUGAACAGCCGUUUGUUUUCUGUGGCUAUUUGUAAAAUAUAUCACAAACAAGUUGUUGAUGAGCCUACACAUGUACCUGUUUCAGGAUGUCACAGUGUGUUCAGAAUAACCUUGAAUAAGCCCAGGUGUUUCUCUACUUUUCAGGUGGCCUGGGCUCAGUGAUUAUAUUCAAGGAAACUGUUUUUAUUCGAGACCUGGUUGUAUUGUUAUUCUACUUUCAUUCUAUGACUGUGUAGCGUUGUGCCUGUUUUGUAAGGAGGAAGUUGGAAAGAGGGAUGAGAUGGGUGGAGAGGAAAUGUAACUGGAAAGGGAAGACAAAAGUGCGGGUAACGUGAAAGGUACAAAAGAGUUGACGGAGGAAUAAGAGAACCGACUGUACAACGAGCCCUAAAACGAUCAGAGAUUGGGGUGAGCAGACAGAAUUCUAUUUUGUGAACAGAAGUUUGAUCUGUUGAAUAAACCUUAAGUUAUUGUUCCUCAUGGGCUGUGACUGGUGCUGGUUACUGUAAGCUGCUCGUCCAAGUCAUGGGCCCACCAGCCAAACUCUGCACACGUCUGGGGAGGAUGUAGAGAACCGUUGAAGCUGCCCACCAACCCAACCGCCCCUUCACCACCACAGCCAGGCAGGGUGCAGCCAGCAGCUACCACUGAGGUCCCGUCCUUUUACAGGGGGCAAAGCUUCAGCUUCUGUCCAAACCUUGUAAGUUUUUACAUGUCUCUGAACAAUCUAAAGUCAUUAAAAUUGAUGUAAGUAAUUAAAAAUAGUUUAAAAAUAAAAUUGAUUGAAAGCUGGAAAUGCUAGAAAAUAAUUAAAAUCAUUUACAUUAAAACAAGGAGAAGAGAACGAAUUGAACAUCCCUUUUUCUUCCUGAUCUCCAGGCUGGGAAUCCCCAGUGAAAUGAAUGGAGUUUCUGGCCCUACACCAGAACUGGCGCAAGGAGGAAAAUCAAAAAAGACUGCAGAUGCUGGAAAUCUGAAAUAAAAACUGAGAAAGCUAGAAACACUCAGCAGGUCAGGCAGCAUCCGUGGAAAGAGAAACAGUCAACAAUUCAGGUCUGAGACCCUUUUGAAUCUGAAACGUUAACUCUUUCUCUUUCCACAGACGCUGUCUGACCUGAGUAGAGAUGCAGAGACAGUGUCUCCAGUGUUACGCAUAGUCCCGGCAUGUUGAGUGAUGGAUGCACCACGUCUGUCAGUCAGGUUAUCCCAGGGUCACAAGCCCAAGGAAGUCUUGGACUCACAUACCCAGGAGCAGAAAAACACUGAUGGUUCCCUUUGCAUUUUCCAGCUACAGCCACCACAAUCCAGCUCAAAAAGAUCUCGACACAUACAUAAUACCACAUUCACAUCAGUUGCUUUACUGUUAUGAACCUGAAUUAACGUAGUACGGUAACAUGGCCUAAGAGCAAGAUGCAGCCGAGAGCCCCAUACCAGUGCAUACCAACCCAACCACCCUUUCACCACCACAGCCAGUCAGGGUGCAGCUACCAGCAAGAUGCAUACCAGUGUGCUGGUUCACAAGAGCAGUUACUACCUACUCUGAAUGACAAGAUGGAAAUCUACUGACUAACAUAGAGCAGAAGUUGAAUGCAACGCCAGUUGUUCGUGCUCCCUCAGACGAGUGCAAGAGUUUAGAGUCAGGCAUAUGUUCAGGGCAGAUCAAUGAUUACACAGAACUGCUCUGGAGCCUAUACAGUGCUCAGUAAAUUGGGAUUACACAGAGGUUUCCCUGAAGCCUGUGAAUGCCAUGGCAAAAGAAGUCGUCGUUCUCAGAACAAAAAUUCAUUGAAUCUUACAGCACAGAUCAAGGCCAUUCAUCCAACAGAGACAUCCAAUUAGUCCCCUGUCCUUUCCCCUUGCAAUUGCCAUUUUCUCCCUUUGUCUAUUUAUCUCACAAUCUUAUCUAAUGGUACAGGCACAUAGUCCCUGAAAGUGACGUCACAGGCAGACAGGGUGAAGAAAGUUUUUAGCACGCUGGCCUUCAUCAGUCAGGGCACUGAAAGUAGGAGUUGGGAUGUUGCAGUUGUGCAAGUCAUUGGUGAGACCACACUUGGAGUAUUGUGCACAGUUUUGGCCACCCUGUUAUAGGAAAUAUUCCACUAAAGUGGAAAGAGCACAGAGAAGAUUUACGAGGAUGUUUCCAGGACUCGAGGGCCUGAGUUAUAGGGAGAGGUUGGACAGGCUAGGACUUUAUUCCUUGGAGCGUAGGAGACUGAGAGGUGACCUUUAUAGAGGUCAAUAAAUCAUGAGGGGUAUCGAUAGUGUGAAUGCACACUGUCUUUUUCCCAGGGUUGGGGAACCAAGAACCAGAGGGCAUAGGUUUAAGGUGAGAGGGGAGAGAUUUAAUAGAAACCCGUAACUUUUCCACACAGAAGGAGGUCAGUAUAUGGAACGAGCUGCCAGAGGAAGUGGUAGGGGUGGGUACGUUAACAACAUUUAAAAGACACUUUGACACUAGGAAACAUUUAGAGGAAUAUGUGUCAAACAAAGGCAAAUGGGACUAGCUUAUAUGGGGAAUCUUGGUGGGCAUGGACCAGUUGGGCCAAAGGGCCUGUUUCUGUGCUGUAUGACUCUAUGACUCUUGGAAUCUGUGAUAAAACCUGCUGCCAUUGGCCUCUUAUGGAGCCAUAGGAGGUCAUUGCUCCAAUUCCAAUCAUCCCAUUCCUGUGAAGGGCCUUUCCAAUUCCCGUCUGAAGGUUCUGACUGACUCACUUGCCAACAGCACUUUCCAGACCAUCAGAAAGCAGAAGACUGCAGAUAAAAACAGAAACUGGCAAAAGAAGUCGCUCCCUCCAGCAAGUAGGGAGCGACAUUUCAGUUCUCCAUUUCUCAGACCUGCUGAGUAUUUCAGCAUUUUCUGUUUUUACUUCAGAGUUCCACAACACAACCACUGUUUGUGUAGAGAAACAUUUCUCCUUACCUCCCUCCUGUGUCUUUACCCAUCAAUUUGGAAAUGUGCCCUCUGGUCCUUGAUCCCUCUGCUAAUGGGGUCAGUUCCCCUUUACACUAUCUAAACCCAUUCUGAUCUAGGACAUGUCCAUCACAUCUCCUCUCCACCUCCGUUGCUUCAAGGGGAACAAGCACAUCACUGAAACCCAUCAUAGUAAAACUCUUCUGCAGCCUCUCAGACCAGACCUGGACCCAUCCUCCAUGAGGGGCAAUUUAUGGAAAGGAGUUGUCCUAGGCCCACCUCAGACUCCACUGCCAACUACUUCCAAAUUCUCUUGAACUUGUUUGAACAGUUGGAUCUGUGUAUUUCCUUCAACAAUGUCAGUGGUUAGAAUUAAAGCAGAAAGUGUUGGAAAUGUACAGGAAUUCAGAUAACAUCUGUGGAGAGAGGAGCUGAGUUAAUGUUGUGGGGCACAGGGGAGACAAUAUCCGUUCCUCGUGGAGCCCACUGCACAAUUUUUCAUCAGUGAUCUUUGGACAA